AUGCAGGCUGCACAGCAGUCCUGGGAAUUCGAGAACGCCGUUCAACUCGCCGAUCCAAAAAGAGAUGCUCUUUAUGAUUAUGAUGAAGCCGCUCACAAAGUUCUCUCAGACGCCAAGCCAUGGAAGAAUGACCCUCGAUACUUCAAGUCGGUGAGGAUUUCGGCCGUCGCCCUACUCAAAAUGGUUAUGCAUGCACGGUCUGGAGGAUCGCUGGAGGUUAUGGGCUUGAUGCAAGGCUACAUUGCCGCGGAGACGUUCGUCGUCACCGAUGCAUUCAGACUUCCUGUCGAAGGCACAGAAACGCGUGUGAAUGCCCAGGACGAUGCGAAUGAAUAUAUGGUCGGAUACUUACAAUCAUGUCGUGAUUCGGGCAGGAUGGAGAAUGCGGUUGGCUGGUACCAUAGUCACCCGGGUUACGGAUGUUGGCUAUCCGGCAUCGACGUUUCGACUCAGUCCAUGCAACAAAUGAGUGACCCCUUUGUGGCUGUUGUGAUUGACCCAGAUCGUACUAUAUCUGCUGGAAAAGUUGAAAUUGGUGCAUUCCGUACGUAUCCAAAGGGCUAUACGGCUCCAAAGGAGGAAGCCGAAGACGAUGAAUAUCAGAGUAUACCCUUGAACAAGGUCGAGGAUUUUGGCGCACACGCUUCGCAAUAUUACGCUCUCGAGGUAUCACAUUUCAAGAGCACAUUAGACACUCAAAUUCUUUCGCUCUUAUGGAAUAAGUAUUGGGUCGCGACGCUCAGCCAAAGCCCGCUUUUCACCACCCGUAACUACGGAAGCAAGCAGAUUAUGGACUUAAGUCAGAAGGUUAAAAAAGUGGUUCGCGGGAUUGAAGGGGGAACGAAUAGAGGCGGGGCUGCAAAGGACCAACAGCUAGGGAAAGUUGUUCGUGAUGGACAUCGCAUUGUAUCGGAAGAGGUUAGCGGCCUCGUCGCCGUUGAUAUCAAAAAGACUCUCUUUCUAGGUAUCAGGGAAACUGCUGAGAACCGCAGUUCGCAAGCUUAG